CCAACCGAACACAAAAAUUACAUAAUUACAAAUCUACACCAAUCUAGCCAAGAAAUACUACUACCUUUAACUCUAUUUUUGUACCAUAAAAAACCCAACGAUCUAACUUCGCUAAAAAUACUAUCAACCUUGACAUUGACGGCCGAGAAGAUCGCCUUAUUACGCAUUAACCAAAGGCACCAGCAAGCAGUGAACAUGAUACCGUGCAGAGCUUUCUUUUCCUCAGCGCUAAUCGGGCAAGUUUUAUGGUACUCCAACAAGUCUUUGACAGAAAACGCGAAGAUGGGAGGAACCCGACACCAAGAGCUGAUUUUCUGCCACAAGACAGCCGCCAUAUAACACGACGUGAAUAAGUGAGAAACCGUCUCCUCCUCCGAACUGCAGAAAGGACACAAGCCGUCACCGACAGGAACAUUUCUUUUCCGUAGCUCAUCCGACGUGGGGAUCCGGCCCAACUCCGCUCUCCACACGAAAAGAUUGCACUUAAUAGGAAUCCACCUACACCAAUCAAGCUUGAAACUGCUGUCCGCACCAUCUAAACUGUCCAAAUAACUCCUAACCGACUUUACCGAAAAAUCCCCCGACUUGUCACCCUUCCAACUCCACCCGUCCUUUCUCCCAGACACGAUGACCGAAGAAACCAAAGCCCGUAACUCCGAGAAUUCAGAAGCUUCCCCAUCCUGAUCCGGGUCAUGUCUCCACAACCAAUUCCCUUCAACCCUCUCGCUGACCAAACACGUUUUAACCAUCUCGAGAGAAAACAAACGGGGAAAGGCCUCCUUUAGCGGAACAUCCAUUAACCAAGGAUCCAACCAAAAGAGAAUCUCAUCACCUCUGCCAACGUUACCUCUAAACAUCUUGCGGAUACUCGAACCAUCAAGAAGCGGUUUGUUGAUAGCAGCCACAAUACUCGGCCAGACCCCACCAGCCGAUUUCCUAACCGGCAGAAACGACCAUCCCGAACCUCUAGAGUGAAUUGCCUCAAUAACUUUAACCCAUAGCUUGUCCUUAUCAGACUUAAAUCUCCAAGCCCAUUUGCAUAAAAGGGCCUUGUUGAUAUCUCCAAGCUUGCUGAGCCCCAAGCCCCCCCUUUUUUUGGGCCUGGUCACAACAUCCCAGGAGACCCAGUGGGUCUUAUUAGCCACAUUCGACCCACCCCACAAAAAUUUUCUAAUCAUUCCUUCAAGGUCCUUCAACACUUUCACCGGGGCUUUAUACAAUGAGAAGAAGUAACACGGGAGACUUUGAAGAACCGAACGGAUCAACGUGGUUCGACCACCCAUCGAUAAAAGAGCCGAUUUCCAAAGAGCUAGCCUGGACUCAAAAAUAUCGUACACCGCCUUCCAAUUAUUGACCCGAUUCAUAUUCGCCCCAACCUUCAAACCGAGAUACUUAAAAGGAAACGAAUCCUGAUUACACCCAACCACAUCGGCCACACUACCAACCUCCCCAUUAUCCACCCCAACACCAUAGAGACUGGACUUACGAAGAUUGAUUUUUAACCCCGAACAAGCGUGAAAGCACCUAAGAAUUCUGACAACAUUCAAAGCAUUAUCGGUAUCCCACUCACCGACAAUUAGAGCGUCAUCAGCAAAGAACAAAUGCGAGAUCGUAGGCCCGUCGUCAGGAAGAGCAAUCCCCGAAAAGAUUCCAACAUCCGCCGCUUUAUCCAAGAUUCGGGAGAGACCUUCCAUUACGGCCACAAAUAAAAAAGGAGACAAAGGAUCCCCUUGCCGCAUUCCUUUCUCACAACUAAACUCGAAAGUCGGGGCACCGUUGACUAGCACCGAGGCGCGAGCGGAAGACAAAAUGCCCCAAAUCCAAUUACACCACUUUUCUCCAAACCCCAUUUGGCUGAAAAUAUCCACUACGUAUUUCCAGUUGAUGUUAUCGUACGCCUUUUCAAAGUCGAUUUUAAAUAAAAAUGCCUUUUUACCGCGUCUCUUGAGCCACGAGUGAACUUCAUUAAUAACCAAUGGCCCAUCGAGAAUGAGCCUACCACCCAAGAAAGCCGAUUGAGAAUCCGAAAUCACCGAACCGAGAACCUUCUUGAGCCGAUUAGCAAGGAUCUUUGACACCACCUUGUUAACUACCCCCACUAAACUGAUCGGACGGUAAUCAUUGAGCCCCAUCGGGUCUCUCAAUUUCGGAACGAGCGUGAUGAAAGAGGAGCCACAUCCGAAGUUGAUUUUACCCGAUUCGAAGAAAGCCGACAUAAGACGACUGAAAUCCUCCUCGAACAACCUCCAAAACGUUUUAAAGAAACGAAAGUUGAAGCCAUCCGGGCCAGGGGCCCUAUCAUCCCCACAUUCAAACACCGCUUGUUUUAUCUCUUCGACACUGAACCGAGAUUCAACCCAAGCAGCCUCGUCAACUGUGAUUUUUUUCAAACUAGGGCACACCAACCGAGGCCGAUCACUGCAAUCUUCCUUAAACUUAGACUUAAAAAAAUUGAAUACUUCCUUCUUAACUAACGACGGCUUGGAGACCCACUCAUUCCUUAUUGACAACCCGUGAAUAACGUUACUCGCCUUUCGACCAUUAAUCAUCGAAUGAAAGAACUUAGAAUUUUCAUCCCCUUCUUUAGCCCAACGAAUACGAGACCUUUGCUUGAGGUCCAUAACCUUAGCAAGCUCCAUCUCCGCAAUAAUCCUUUUGUUUUCCGCUAAAGCCCAAUCCUCCUCCUCCGAUAAAUCCCUAUCCUCAAGAAGAGAUUCCAAAUCCUCUAAUUCUUGUUUGGCCAUGUUUAGAAUCUCCCCGUCUUUGGCUAACAUCAAAUCCCUCCAUUCCUUUAUUUUAGACCGAACAAACCCAAGUUUUUUAAUCAACCAUACGUCAGGAUGAACCUCCGGAGCCGAGAAGCUAUUACAAGCUUCCUCCACCACCUCUACAAAAUCCUCUUUCCCCAACCACGAGUUGAAUAUGCGGAACGGCCGAGCUCCAAAGUUGACAGAUUUAGAAGAAAGAACGAUGGGACAAUGAUCGGACCAACGAUUAGGCAGAAUCUCAACACGAGCCUCUGGCCACUCAUUGAAGAACUCGGAAUUGACCAGGAAUCUAUCAAGUUUGCUAAGCUUACGCCUAUUCUCGGAUUGCCAGUGAAUCAAGGGCUAGUGACUUUAGCUUUUUUUGGAGUUGGGGUGAACCUGGUGCUGUAUCUAACCAGGGUUCUACAACAAGGCAAUGCUGAGGCUGCAAAUAGUGUUAGCAAAUGGACCGGAACGGUUUACAUUUUCUCGCUCGUUGGUGCUUUCCUCAGCGACUCGUAUUGGGGUAGAUACAAAACUUGUGCCAUCUUUCAAGCCAUCUUUGUGUUGGGCUUAGGAGGACUCUCAGUGGCAUCAAGCAUGUUCUUGAUCACUCCAAAAGGAUGUGGCGACCGGACCACUAUAUGUAGUAGCCACUCAAGUUGGGAAAUCGGGUUGUUUUAUAUCUCGAUUUACAUGAUUGCGUUAGGAUACGGGGGAUACCAACCGAAUAUCGCGACAUUUGGAGCCGAUCAGUUUGAUGAAGAGGAUGCUAAAGAGGGUUACUCAAAAGUGGCUUUUUUUAGCUACUUUUACCUUGCACUUAACCUUGGUUCACUUUUUUCCAACACAUUCUUGAGCUAUUUUGAGGAUGAGGGAAUGUGGACCCUCGGGUUUUGGGCGUCAACUGGAUCCGCGUUUAUAGGACUCGCGUUAUUUCUUGUUGGAACUAUAAGGUACCGACAUUUUAAGCCGAGUGGGAACCCGUUAAACAGAUUUUGUCAAGUGUUUGUCGCCGCAUCGAAGAAGUGGAGAGUUAAACUGCCACAAGGUAAAGAAUGUUUGUUUGAAGAAGAAAAGGAGACUUCAUUAAGCACUGGAAGAAAGAUACUUCAUACACAUGAAUUCAAGUUUUUGGAUAAAGCAGCAUACAUUACCUCGAGGGAUUUCAACGACCCGAAAGAGAACACUCACAACCCGUGGACUCUAUGUCCGAUUUCGCAGGUUGAAGAGGUGAAAUGCAUACUAAGAUUGCUUCCCAUUUGGCUAUGCACAAUAAUAUACUCAGUCGUAUUUACACAAAUGGCGUCUCUAUUUGUCGAGCAAGGUGCAGCCAUGAAAAGUACGAUUUCAGGGUUCCAAAUCCCGGCAUCUAGCAUGUCUAGCUUCGACAUUUUAAGCGUUGCGCUAUUCAUUUUCCUCAACCGAAGAGUUAUCACUCCACUUGUCCUCAUGUUCAAGAAGAAAGACUCUAAAGGGUUAACCGAGCUUCAACGAAUGGGAAUCGGGCUGAUAAUCGCGAUACUAUCAAUGGUUUCAGCCGGUAUUGUGGAAUGUUUCAGAUUAAAGUAUGCUAAUCAAGACUGCCCUCAUUGUGAUGCGUCGAGCUCGUUAAGCAUCUUCUGGCAAGUGCCUCAGUAUGCGUUUGUUGGCGCGUCCGAAGUGUUCAUGUAUGUUGGUCAACUCGAGUUUUUCAAUGCACAAGCGCCUGAUGCGUUAAAGAGCUUUGGAAGCGCGCUUUGCAUGACAUCUAUCUCACUCGGGAAUUAUGUCAGUAGCUUCAUCGUGACGAUAGUUAUGAAGAUAUCAACAGAAGACGACAUGCCAGGGUGGAUUCCAGGAAAUCUUAACCGAGGCCACCUGGACCGGUUUUUCUUCCUGCUAGCGGGAUUAACCGCGGUAGAUUUAUUAGUCUACAUCGUGUUUGCUAAAUGGUACAAGAGUAUUAAACUUGAGGGGAAGAAUGGAGACGAGAAUGACAGUGAUGAUAGCGAAAUAGUCUAAAGAUAUAAACGAUGAAUGACCCGAAAUAUAAAUAAAUAAAAAUGGGAUGGAUUAAUGAAGGCGACACACUGUGUAAAUGGUUUUAUUGGGAUAAAAUGGUUUGCGGUCGGGUUUAGGACAGGCGACAGGCGGACGUGACCCUGUUAUUACAUCUAAUCUGGUAUGGAAGUUAGGGAUUUGAAGCUAAUCGCGGGUGAUUUGUCGUUAAGAUGGUGAGUGUAGUUGGUUAUGGGUUUAUCGCUUCAUGAUCUUAGUUUCAUUAGUUCAUUCGGGUGUGCAACAUGACACUGAUUUAACAUGUGUUUUGUCAUUUGUGAGUUGGAGUCUGUAUUUUGUAACAAAGUUAUGCAUAUGUGAAUGUGAGCUCUGUUUCAUUUGAUUUCA